UUUACUGACUUUCCAUUUUGCAAAUGUCCAAAGCCAGGAGGAUGUUGGUGUGUGCCAGAGUUAUAAAUGACUGGAUAUCCUUGAGCGUUAAUGGCUCCUGCAGCAUCAUGUUCCAUUUCUACCACAAAGAUCUCAUGUCCUUCAUACGAUGGGAGGUUAAACAUGGAAAGCCAAAUUCUAACCUUGUGUCAGUGAAGGGAUAAAAAGCAGGGAGUGACGGUUGGAGGGGGGCUUCCCUGAAAUACCUAGUUUAAACAAGAUGUUUUCACUUGAGCACUUUGUAAGUGCACGAUCCUGGUAAUCACACGGACACAUGGAUCCACGAAAUUCAUAGUAUUUGAGAAGCAACUCACAGUGUUUUGUAAAAGGAGAAACAGGACCUGUCAUCUUAUUUAGGUUGAUCCUGACACUUAGCAGCAGCAAGUCUUCGUUCCUCUAACCCUACAGCUGGUAGCACUGACGAUCUUACUAGAGAUUUUUGGCCCUUGACCUUUAGCAGGUUGGGUUUCACUUGAGUAGAGAGGCCUUCCCCUGUGAGAUGUACCAUGUCUUAUUUUGGACUCAUUUAUGAGAGAGGCUGUCAUUACCUAAACUUUGUCAAUACAUUCUGCCUCCACAAAAUUGGGGGAAGGGGCAGUUCCUUUUUUGCUAGUCUCACGUAUUUGGGCUUUUGUUUUUGGGGGUGGUUAUAGGAAUCCACAUAGGCCUGAAAAGGCUUAAGUCUAAUACUAAAGUACAGAUAUGAUAUAGAUCUAUUUUAUUUGGUGCUAGCCUAAAAACCUCUAUAUACUAUGGAUCUAAAUUAUUUCAUGUACCUUUGGGAAAUGUUCAACUAGUAGAAACACUUGAGAAAAGACAGAAAGACAUGUAGCUAGAAAGGGUCAGUUGACCUUUCAUUUUACUGGCAUAAAAGCUUUUAUAGAGGUUUGCGUUAUUUUCUCCAAAAGCAUUUGUUGUUUGAGUUCAUCAUUUUGACAGUUAACUGUCAGUUAUGACCUGCAUUUCCAGUCUCAUCGUGUUUAUUUCUGUAUGGGUUUAAGUGCUUGGAGUAUAACUUAGACUGUGUUUUUCUCGAACAUAAGCACUGAUCCUCUGCCAGUGAAUAAAUAGUUGAGAGAAGUGGGAAUGACUGACUUCUAAUUGUGGUUUGAAAGGAAGUUGAAUUGAUGAACUGGAAAGUGGAACCCAUUCUUGUUGUUGCUAUUUCAGAGAAAGAUUUCUUCAGGCCACAGUGGAAGUGGAUGGGAGGUUUCUUGGUGCCCAGUGGACAUCUUUAUCUAACAAGUCAAGUUCACACCAGAGAGUUGGAUGAGGAGAGCUGGGUUGAAAUAUAAACUUAUAUUGGUUGUCAGGACAGAAUCGUCGGAUUUUUUUUUUUUUUUUUUUUAAGAAUGGGUUAAUGGCAGAAAAAGUGAUGCUAACAUCCUGGAUAGGGUAAAGAGAGCUCAGUCAAUAUGGACAUUAUUUACAUAUAUAGCCGUUCAGACAUUUUAAGGAAAAUACUUUUUUUCUAGGUUUCACAUCUUUUUUCUACUUUCUUACCUGCCUCCUGUCAUUGCCCAGAAAUCUCUACUCCAGAAGUGGAAGUGAGGAAGACGUAGAAAAAAGAGAGAAAGAGAAUAGAACAAGCAGCCUGCAAUCCUGGCUGCAAGAGAGUGCACAAAAAGUGACCUGAAGAGAAGGGAUACCCUGAGGGCACCUGGGUUAAGACAGUGGAGAAUCCUCAUAGUAAAAGAUGAUCUUGGACCAGACCCAGCCUCCCGCAGGGCUUAAAAGGAAAUAUUCAAAGGCAACCACACUACCGGAAGCAAAGGGACACCUGAACAAAGGACGGGGUGCACAUUUGCUUCCAGUUGUCAAUCCCCGAGUGCUUCCAGGCUGAGGAAAAAGGCACUUCCUAGUAGCAACACUAACUGGAUCUUAGUUAAAACUGAAGCCAGACUUACGUCCUUUCUGAGAAGGAUUUUGAGCUCAGUCUGCUUUUUCGUGUGGUCGAUAAGAUUUUUAAGUGGGGAGGAAAUAUUAAAUUCAGUGGUCAACAUUCUUUUAUUUUUUUUAUUCCACCCACAUAUGUACUCCCCUGGUAAUAGAAUGGAAUGAGAAAUUUGUUAGUUAAUAGGUAUCUUUAAGCCCAGCUGAAAUCUUAACCCAUAAAAGUCCUUGGCUGUCUCCAUUCUUACCCAUGUCCUAGGAAUGUGACCUCUGAUGGUAAGAUCAGUAACCUGAAGAACAAAAUUGAUACUUUGGUUUCAUUUUUAAAUUUAAUUACAAUUCUUAUCUAGUGCUUGAUUAUUUUCUUUCUGGCCAGUUUAUUUCAGGAAUGUGCUUUUCUGAGACCUAUGAUGACAGGUUUCUUAGGUGCAUCUUGUGACUUGAAUGCAGAAUUUUGAUGAGAUCUGGCUAGAUAAAUUAGGAAGUUCCUAAAGUACUUAUUAGGUCUGGUUGACUGUGUAGAGCUGACCCAAGAGCAGGCAAAUCGCUUCCAAGAGACAGUCCAGAAAAACAGCUCUGUAGCAGGCAUCUCUUGACACCACAGUAUAUUCUGGGUAGCUGCUCUGCAGUAAUGCAGCCCUGGCUUUCUGGGCAGUGUUGUUAUUCCUGCUGCAUAAUUAGCAACUAGUGAGAUCAUAGUCUGGGGAGAUUCUGGCAUUACUGAGGCAAAAGCAGGGAGGUUUCAGAUCAUCACUUGUGGCUCCAGCUUUGACAGCGUUUCUGCUGAGCAGAUUCAUAUCCUUGGGAACUUAAGUCCAAAGAUGGAGGAGAAAGAUUUGUACCUGGGAAAUGGAAUAUCCCAGAUUCCUUGGUUGUGUGGCAGCAUGUUGAAAACACUGCCUGCCAUAUCAGUGUAACCAGAAUAAAUUGUCACUCCUUCUGCUGUUUGUUGUGCCCUUGCUGGUUUCUUUAUAGAGGGCAAAGAUUGUAAAGCUACGUCUUCCUUGCACAGAGGAUGAUGGCACGUCAGCUGAGCCCUAUUUUAUGGAGCAGUAGGCGAUUGGGAAAGAGUCUGGGUUUUGAAGCCAGUGCAGAUUCUAAUCUUCAGUCCAUUCUUUAGAACCCAAUUUGACCUUUUUAGGAGGCUGGUGAGACACUUUACAUUUGUGAAGAUCUGGGUAAAGCAUUUCCCUGACUGCCAAUGUACUUUGAAAUUGAAAGCCUAGAGCAGUAUUUCCCGAAGUGUGUUCCCAGGAUCAUUUGCCCCCCACCAAGAUACUCUAGAAACAAAGGGUUCCUUAAUCAUGGGUGCAAAACGCUGCAUUCUAUUUCCUCCCACCCUUCACCAGGUUCAUUAGCAUAUUAAAAGCCUCUAAAAGGUCUUCCAUAAGCAGUUUUCUAAAGUAUUUUGACACAGCAGUUCCAUUUCCAUGUAAAAGCUAUUAAUAUCUAUGGAACUAGUUUAUUUAAUGGAUACGCUUUAGGAAAUGCCAGGCUGUAUUUCCACUAGGAAUAAUAAUUGGAUCUAGUCUAGGUUUAGGCACAGCCUAAUUCUGCCUUUGAUCCCCAGUCCCUCCUGCUGACCCCGUGGAGAGCUCUCCUGGGUGAGCAGAAGAGCAGCUACUGUUACCCCAGGGCUAAUGAAGCCUAGAGGCCAGCCGGCUUGGAAGCAAAGGCCUUCACUCCACUGGGAAGGUGCUGCCGCUAGUCAUCUCAUUAUCCUAAGAGUGACUGAGACUGGAGGGCUGGGGAGAGACAAAAGUAGGAGAGUGCUGGCUGGAGAGAGAUGACCUUGUUUCUAGAGAGCAGACAUCAGUGCUAGCUCGGGUGCUUUCUUCAGUUGGAGAGCCGUGUGUAUAGACUUGGGAGGGGUCUGUCUUAGGACCGGAGUGCUGAUUCCUCUUUUCCCCUGGGCAGAAUCCUAAUGCACCUGGCUGACUGGUGGUGAGCAGGGGCUUUGGGGCCAACGUGGUGGGUUCCCCAAGGAAACCCCUUUGAAACCAAUGGAUGCAUUCACGGGCUCGGGUCUCAAGAGGAAGUUUGAUGAUGUGGAUGUGGGUUCAUCAGUUUCCAACUCCGAUGAUGAGAUCUCCAGCAGUGACAGCGCUGACAGCUGCGACAGCCUCAGUCCUCCCACAACUGCCAGCUUCACACCCACAUCCAUCCUGAAGCGGCAGAAGCAGCUGCGGAGGAAGAAUGUGCGCUUUGACCAGGUGACUGUGUACUACUUUGCCCGGCGCCAGGGUUUCACCAGCGUGCCCAGCCAGGGCGGCAGCUCUCUGGGCAUGGCCCAGCGCCAUAACUCUGUACGCAGCUACACGCUCUGUGAGUUUGCUCAGGAGCAGGAGGUGAACCAUCGGGAGAUUCUCCGUGAACACCUGAAGGAGGAGAAGCUCCACGCCAAGAAGAUGAAGCUGACCAAGAACGGGACAGUGGAGUCGGUGGAGGCCGACUGCCUGACAUUGGAUGAUGUUUCAGAUGAAGAUAUUGAUGUGGAAAACGUGGAGGUGGAUGAUUACUUCUUCCUGCAGCCUCUGCCCACCAAACGGCGACGGGCCCUGCUGAGGGCUUCUGGGGUCCACCGCAUUGAUGCUGAAGAGAAGCAAGAGCUUCGAGCCAUCCGACUGUCACGGGAAGAGUGUGGUUGUGACUGUCGACUGUAUUGUGACCCAGAAGCGUGUGCCUGUAGCCAGGCUGGGAUUAAAUGCCAGGUGGAUCGCAUGUCCUUUCCAUGUGGCUGCUCCCGGGACGGCUGUGGGAACAUGGCUGGGCGCAUUGAAUUCAACCCAAUCCGGGUCCGGACUCAUUACCUCCACACCAUCAUGAAGCUGGAGCUGGAGAGCAAGCGGCAGGUGAGCCGCCCGCCAGCCCCAGACGAGGAGCCCUCCCCCGCUGCCAGCUGCAGCCUGGCGGCAGCACAGGGCUCAGAGACACAGGACUUCCAGGAGUUCAUCGCUGAGAAUGAGACGGCGGUGCUGCACCUGCAGAGUGCGGAGGAGCUGGAGCGGCUCCAGGCGGAGGAGGACCCGAGCGGCUCCAGUGCCAGCCUGGACUCCAGCAUGGAGAGCCUGGGCGUGUGCAUCCUGGAGGAGCCCCUGGCUGUUCCCGAAGAGCUGUGCCCAGGCCUGACAGCCCCCAUCCUCAUCCAGGCUCAGCUGCCCCCAGGCUCCUCCGUGCUGUGUUUUGCCGAGAACUCAGACCAGCCAACUGCCUCAGCCGUGAACAACCCAUCCUACUUGAACAGUGGGCCCCUGGUCUACUACCAGGUGGAGCAGAGGCCAGUCCUGGGGGCGAAAGGAGAGCCUGGUACGGAAGAAGUCCCGCCCUCGUUCCCCAAGGAGAAGGAUCUGAGUGUCUUCUCUCUCCCGGUUACCUCACUGGUGGCUUGUGGCCCCACAGACCCGGCUGCCCUCUGUAAGUCAGAGGUGGGGAAAACAUCCACUCUAGAAGCUCUAGUGCCCGAAGAUCGUAACCCCGAGGAGCCUGAGGAUGAAGACUACCGCCCCUCUUGGUGCCCCUCAAACCUCCCCUUGCGCACGGACAACGAAGAGGGCUGUGUGGUGGAGACCGCACGGCAGAAUGAGGACCGGCCCCCUGAAGAGCCUUCCCUGGAGCUCCCUCUGGCAGUGUGACACAGGGAUGGAGAUUAUGCCUCUUACCCAUUCCCUAUUUAUUCCCUUAUUUUAUCUAACACCAUUUCAAAAACGAAACUGUAGAAGCAGCCGCUGCUCCCAUGUUAUUUUAUUGGGGUCUUUGGGGAACGGGUAGGAAAGGAUUGUCUGUACAAGUAUUUUUUAAAGGGCCAACAGAACCAAGGAGACCAGCCUCAGCUCGAUCUGGGGACAGAGUCUUGGGGCAGAGGAGGCUGCAUACUGAGCUUUCUGGGCCGUUGGAACUGCACUACAAUCUCACAGGAGAAGCUGGGUAAUUCAAACAGCUGUUCACGUAGGGACCAGAACACAACAAUUGGAACAGCAUGACAGAGCCCCUUCCCUCUCCUGAGCUCCAGGCGGGGAACAAGCUCAUUUUCCUCAGUGGUUACUCUGAUAUCCCACUUUGGUGUAUCAUAAUAAUACAGUUGGAAUCAGCUGGUUGAGUCUAGAGAGGAGGGGGUGAAAGGGUCUCUGCUUCUGUACAAAACAUCCAGGAUCUAUAUAAAUUUAACCUGUGUUCCCUGGGCCCCUAUUUGGUAAAUAAGUUAAUAUUUGACAUGUUUGGUGUUCUCUGACCUGUUCCCCACACUGGGGAUUCCUGGUCUUAACUUGAAUUGUUUCUUUCACAUGUUCUUAGGUACUAGAGUUAAACUGGUCUUGUUUUUUUUUUACCCCUCUGUCCUUUUUCCUUUGAAGGGAAAGAGCUAGAUUGGCUGGGGAUGUGGCAUCAAGAGCCUGAGUCUUCUGUAUAUGUCUAACCCCAGCUCCAUCAGGCAGCUUUAGUCUGGGGCUCACACAUCCCAUGGGAGGCCUAUAUAGAGCAUUAACCUGUGUCCAAAGGAGGCAGCAGGAACAGGCUGCUGUCUAGAAAGAUGACUUUUUGCCAUGCUUGCUUUUUCACCCAGGUUGUCCCCCCUACCCCAAUUUGAGAAAUUUGAGCUUUAAAGGAAUGUAGAACGUGGCAAGUUCACCAACUAGUUUUUGUUUCCUUUUUGUAUCUGCCCUCAUGGUCCCUCUUGGAUAUACAGGGUUAGAGUUCUUACACUGUAUUCUUAUACUGUUCACCCCCGAUAACUGCAGAUGCUUAUUGGAUCCCUCCCAUCUCGAUAUAUAAAGAUUGGAAGCCAAACCAGUUCUUAAAUGCUACAUACAACUUCCAGGUUCUGAAGAAGUCAGGUUCUGACUGUAACCUUUGAGGUCUAGAGUGGGACUCACAUUCAGUUUGUACCUGAAUUAGGGGGGAUACGGUUCCUGUUCUCUUAUGUCCUGCUUACGUUCCAGGAUGUCCUCCAUUGACCACCACUGAAUUCUUUUUACUAGCAAAGUUAUCUUUGCCUGUUUUAUUUCAUUCUUUUUUUUAUGGCCUCUGUUUGAAGAGGGAGGCAGUAGGGAGCAAAACACUCUUUAGCAUUCUUUACACCAUGCUUCAUUACUGCUAUGGUUUAUUAACCAGAAGAAAAAAAAAGUAAAAAACUUUUUUUUUUGGUGGAGGAGAUAACUGUUACUACUUAUCUUGCUCAUAAAGCCUUUCCUUGUGGGAUCUUAAGGCCCUGGUGUCUGAAAGCAACCUUCAUGUACAUCGCAGCAGCAUUUCACCUAUCAAACCUAAACUGAGCCUGAAAGACCUCAUAUUUAACACGGUUACAUCUUUUAACGCAUUCUGCCUCUCCUGUUCAUUCCUGUUUUUGUUGGGUUUUACAUUUGCAGGGGAGUUAAUAAGUCAUAGGCCCUUAUCUCUCCCCAUUCUCUAGUCCUGAAAUGGAGUUGAGAGUCUGAAGUACCUGAGAUCUAGGUGCUAUCCCGAACUGAGCUACACUCUGCCACCUUAGACUGGUCCCCUCAGAUAUAAGACUGAAGUUUAAUUGGGAAUUUGGAGAAAAAUCUUUCUAGAAGUUUGUGUUGGAAGGUGAAGGUGAGCAUUAUACAUUCCCUCCUUAGGAAGGCUCCAGCCUAAGCUAGGGAGUGGAUUUCACCUGUUCAGUAAAACACACGUUUGGGAUCAAACCAAGAAUUUGCAUCUAACUAGACUCAUUGCCAACCUCCAAGAUAAUUUGAUUUUUCUGAAAAACUAGUUUAAUAUAAGUCCAUCCCUUCAUUAACUCUGCAAUUCUGACUCACCUAUCCCAAGCUGUUAAAUGCUAAAUAUUAACGUUUAGCAUUAACUGUCUUGUCAAGCAAAGGGCCUCUUCUACAAACCUGAUCCAUCUCGUUUCUGGUGCUACCUGAGUUGGACAGAAUUAUAGUUCAUGGUUGCUAGAAAGGCUAGGCCUCUGAUCACAGAGGCAGAGAGCUUCAGUCCUGCUUAGUCUAGGCCUAGAUAAAAAAAAUGAUUAUUACAACGCUUAAUUAUUUUCCAAUUUCCUUUCUCACAUACUGUACGCAGGUAGUAUUUCAAUGUGAAUCCAAAGCUUGUCUGGUUCUCUGAAAAAAAAAUUUUUUUUUUUUUUUUGCCUUUUAGGUCCUUUACAUUGUGAUAAUGCUGUAUUUAAAGAGAAUAUUUAAAUGUAAUAUUAAAGAAAUAUUCAAAAGAA